CGACGGACGGGGACAUACCGGGUUCAUAAAUAGACCUACUAGCUGAUUGGCUUUAGAUAUAACAUGUUCUGUUUGUCAAAGUUGAAUAUGAAGAAUAGAAUAAUAUGAAGAGCAGUGAUCCGAGGUUGCUUCCUUGGGGCACUACUGAAGUUACCCUUAGCUAACGAGAGGUAUGUGAGCCAAUCCUUACAGAGUAAGUGCGAUCACCAAGAUAGGAUCGCAACCUAUGGCAUGGUCGAGCUGGGGAGCCCCAAUAUAUCCUUUUUUUAGUAGGAUUGAGUGCGGGAUCCAAUCAAAUGCCGCUGUGAUGUCUGUGUAGAUUGCAUCAACUUGUAUCCCAGAAUCUAACGCGGUGUGGCAGAUGCUUACGAAUUCCAUGAGGUUAGAUGUUGUGGAUCUUUUGGGUGUGAAACCGUGUUGAGCUGGACUUAUAUAAUUCGAAACACUGGCUAGGAGCGGUUCAUAAACGAGCAACUCGAAGACUUUAGUGCAGGCGCAGAGUUGACACUCGAGUUUGUUUAUCACCGCGUGAUAAGAUAAUUUAUUGUAAACGAUCAAAACAGGAUGCAUACAUUUGAUAACGCCAUUAUCAGAUUAAUCCUAUCGGUAUUUUAACAUCAUCACAUACACACUCGUGUUAAUCAUUAUCUUCGAAUACCUACAUUAGCCUUAUCAAGGGCAAGUUCUUUCACGUAGCUGCUGUCACUUGCAUCUGCAUCUAGCCGGCCAGUUCUGCUAUUAUACUUAUUCGUGGCUGGUGGGCAACUUCAGUUUAGGUUUAACAGUGCAUUUUUAAAUAUCCGUGUUAUACCAAUUUGAACCAUGCAGGCACCUCAGGAUACAACUACUCCGGAUGUCCUACCGACCUGCCCAACGGAAGAUGAAAGUGUUAAUAGUGAGAUCGUUGAGAACCCUCCCCCAUUGUUCGUAGCCCCGCGGGGACGUAUGGCCGAUAAGCUUGCUGCUUCUGCCCCGUACAACUUUUUCUUAUCUGCCGUCACGGAUUCGCAGCCUACACACACGGAUCCACUAUCGGUUACCUUUCAGGAGCUGCUGGAUCCUAGCCUGGGAGAGCUGGAAUGCUCUUUGCAGCUUACUUAUAUGAUAGAUAUAAACUGGUUGCUGGAGCAGUACUCAGAUGCAGGCUACGAGCAACACCCACUGCUUAUACUGUAUGGCGAUGAGUCUGAGCUGGAAACGAUAUCGGACAAACAGCCUAACGUUACUGCUAUCAAAAUUAAAACUAAGACGGGGUUCGGAUUGCACCAUACAAAGAUGGGUCUGUACGGAUAUUGUGACGGAUCGAUGCGUGUUGUUGUUUCGACGGCCAACCUUUACGAGAACGAUUGGUACAAUCGCACACAGGGGCUUUGGAUCAGCCCCCGUUUGCCAGCAGUGCCGGAAGGUUCCGAUCCAACGUACGGGGAAAGUAGGACUGAUUUCCGUUCCAGCCUCCUUGAGUAUCUCGGUGCGUACAAGCUAGCGAAGCUGGAAUCGUGGAUGGCCCGUAUAGCAGAAACUGAUUUUUCCGGCAUAAAAGUAUUUCUCGUCUGUUCGCAUCCCUGCGGUGAUUAUUACAUACCCGAUGGUCCGUUGUGGGGUCAUCCGCGUUUGGGCGCUCUGCUCUCUCAAUAUGCAACCACAAUAGAUGCCACGUUCCCGCUAGUGGCCCAAAGCUCGGGCAUCGGUGAGUUCGGUAAAUCACCGCAAUUAUGGAUCCAACGGCAAAUUAUGCCCAGCUUUGGGAAGGACAAUGAGCAAAAAACUAUACGCCGUUUGCCGGGUUUUCGUUUAAUUUAUCCAUCGUUGGCAAACGUACUGCAAAGCCAUGAUGACAUAUGCGGUGGAAGUUGUCUACCAUACUCGGAGGAAGUGCAUAAACAACAGAAAUGGCUGGAAAACUAUAUGUAUCAGUGGAUAAGUCGAACGCGGCAUCGGAACAAAGCGAUGCCGCAUAUCAAAACCUACUGCCGCUGGACACCGGAAGGUCUUCAGUGGUUUCUGCUCACUUCGGCAAACUUUUCCAAAUCAGCCUGGGGUAUAACUCGCUACGAUAAGUUACUGUACAUAAACAACUACGAAGCGGGCGUACUGUUCCUGCCUAAGAUUAUGCUGAACGAAGACUUUCUUCCAAUGGAACCGAAUGGCAAACAUCCCCAGUUUCCGAUGCCUUAUGAUGUGCCAAUCAUGCCGUACGCUCCGAAGGAUACUCCAUUUUUUAUAAAUUACCUAAGGUCGGAAGAAUCAGAAUCAGAAUAAUGUCACCUUUAUUAUCUGUUGUUGGUAAACCGGUUCUACUCACUGUCUACGCCAAAUUAUAAACGAAAUUAUUUUUUUUUUUUAGCUUGAGCGGAACAGUUUCAUUAUUGGUUCCAGUUCCAACAGAACAGUUCUUUGAUCGGGACUAGUUCAUGAAUCAGAUUAAUAUAGGAGAUGAUUGCAGAAGAGGUGGAUGGUACCAACAGAUAAAAAGUCUUGAUAAAACAUUUCCAAACUAAGAAUAGGUUUGAUACGAGUUCCAUGUCUAGGAUGGACUAGUUUUUCAACUGAGAUAGUUAAAUAAUGAUAGAUCGUUAGAUUUGAUAGAUUUGCAAACCAAGGUAGGAUUGGAGCAGGAUGCUCAUGUCCGUGUCGGAACUAUGGCCGUGGGCUGCACGGCCAAAAUAUUCAGAAUCGGAGCUAGACCGAAAACAAGUAUGAUACAGGACCCGGAUCUAAAUCGAAUGGUCUGGAAUAAUAAAUAAAUAAAUAAAUGCUAAAUUAACUCAUCUACAA